AUUUAGCCCCAUUCAUAUGAAUACAGCCUACUCCACCCAGUCUAUCUAUUCCAUGCAGCCGAAGCCUUAUCAUGAUGGGCUUCAUUGUGAAGUGUCAGAUAUGAUGUGAUUUUUAUACUGGAUGUUAUGUUGGUGACUGCCAUUCGGGUAAUUCACCCGCAAUCCUUUGUCAAGAUGAGGAUGCAAGAGGCAAUUCAUUCCAGUUGAUCAAGACUCGCGCAUUUCAAAGGACACAACAAGCAGGACCAAUGCCAAUUUUAACGAGCCGCACAGUGGCUGUGAGGAUAGCGAGGGCACCAUGGAGAAGGAUAUGCCAACAGAGGACCUCUACGACUGUCUCUUUGCUCAUUAAUGAUCAACACUGGUGGUUUUCUAAGCCAAUCUCGUCCCACAACAGGAGGUUCACUUCUUCCACUGCCUCCUCUUCAUCGUCAACAUCCUCUGCCUCACUUCCUGCACAAGAGCCUUUUGAAUAUGAAGUUGAUCAUCUUGUGAUCGGCGCGGGAGUGGUCGGUCUCGCCGUUGCAGAGAGGCUAGCUUCUAGAGGCGGAUCGACGUUGUUAGUAGAUAAAAAUCCAUUAGUUGGUCAGGAGACGAGUUCUAGGAAUAGUGAGGUCAUACAUGCUGGACUAUAUUACCCACCAGAUUCACUGAAGACAAAAUUAUGUAUUCGGGGUAAUGAGCUAAUGUAUGAUUAUUGCGAAAAAUUCAAUAUUGAACACCGUCAAACGACCAAGUGGGUCGUGGGUCAGAGCGAGGCCGAUAUUGAAUACCUGGAGGACCUGUCUAAAAAGGCUCACAAGUUAUUGUUGCCAACUAAGCGGAUGCCAGGACCACCAACAUGGAUGAUAACUAAAGAGCAAAUGUUGAUUGAAGAGCCUCACGUAAGAGGUAAAGCAGCGCUAGUUUCAGCACGGACAGGCAUUGUUGACGUUCAUGGUCUCAUGCAUGUGCUAGAGGCUCAGAUAGUGGAGCAUGGUGGCGAUGUUGUUUUACAAUGUGAGGUAACAGGUAUGGAGCGGAUAUAUACUAGUACACGAAAAGCAGGCAUGGAUGGACAGGGUGAAAUGGCAGGAGGGUUCAAGGUCAAGAUGAAUUCGCCUGCAGGACCUGUAGUUAUCAAAGCCGCAACAGUGAUCAACAGUGCAGGUUUACAUGCGGAUAAGGUAUAUAACUUGCUGAAGAAUCCAUCAGGAACCCCAAACUCCAGCAGUAGCAAUCAAGCAGGCUCAUGUCCUCUAUCUCCGUUCAAAUUACAUUACUGUAAAGGACAUUAUUAUGGAUACUCUGGAAAGACAAUGGUUUCGCGUUUAAUCUAUCCUGUCCCAGACAAAACUCUAGUGGGUCUGGGAACACAUCUCACGUUGGAUUUAGCAGGGCGUAUGCGUUUUGGGCCCGAUGUACUGUAUGUUGACAGCUUAGAUGACUACUCUGUCGAUCCAUCCACGGUUGGAUCCCCAGCCUCGCUAGAAGUAGUGGCAAAGGUGGUCGGGACUUUUUUGCCAGACGUCAAAGCCUCGUCGCUUUAUGCAGACUAUGCAGGCAUCAGGCCCAAGUUAGCUGCCCCUGGAGAAGAAUUUCGCGAUUUCAUUAUUCACCAUCAUAGCGGUUUUGUGAAUCUAGCGGGAAUCGAGAGCCCAGGAUUAACAUCAUCGCUUGCUAUUGCAGAAUACGUGGAGAAACUACUUUAUUGAAACGAACAACUUCCCGGGGAAUAGUCACGUAAUAUUAAUAUAGCUUUAUACAUCAAAAUUAUACCUUCAGGAGAAUGUUUUAAUUAAGCCUGAAUGGUGUCUUUCCUUGGGUAGAGUAUAUUUCACGCAAACACAAUUGUCUAGUAUACACUGAUUACAUGCAAAAGUAACAAUAGGAGCUGAGUGGAAAGCAAUUGUGCAAGCUCAUAAUAUCUUCAGUGGAAGCACAGAUUUUGGAAGCCUAUGUAGGGCCCGCUGGAGGGACAAAGGCAAAAACCUAAUGCUGAAAUAAAAAAA